GAAAUUUUGAGACAACGUUUGUUUUGCUUCUGAGGUUAUAAAACACGUGUGAAUAAAUAAACAAUGGAUGUGAUUAAUAAAUUAAAUAUUAUAGAGCAAAAUAAAAAUUGGAAUGACAUAAAAGAAGUUAUAAGUACCAGGGAAUUUCCAAAAAAUAAAAAAGGAAAAAAGGACAGAAAAGUUUUAGCAAAACUCGGAGAUAUUUUAUUGAAAGAAAAAAAUCUUCCAGUAGACAUCAAAGUGCUGAUACUCAAAUGCUUUACAUUCUCAUGCUCCAGAGAGACUCAGUAUCAGCACAAAUCAGUUAAAAUUUCCACCGAUAAUUUAUAUGCAGAAAUAUCCACAUCCGGGUUCUCUCCGUCGUACCCAGAGUCGAGUUUUCCUUUCGAGCCAAUUACUAAAUAUGUAAUCGACUACUUGGCAACCUGGACCACCAGUCACCCGAUUCCUGAUGACGAAGUCCCAGUUAUCAAAGAAUGUCUUUCAUUUCUCUGCAAUUUAUUUGCUUACGACGAAGAAGAUUUAAUUGAUGAAUCUUACCGUCGCAAACUCAUAAGUGUCGGAAAUUUAUUGAGCUUUGAUUGCGCAAAGUAUCCAAUAAUUACAAGUAGAGUUUGUUGCCUAAUUCAUAACAUUUUAAAUAUUUGGUAUUAUAAUUUUAAUGAUCAAGAUAUUGCAACUUUUACUCAAGGACUAUUGAAAGCUGAUGAGUGUGGAGUUAAAUCAGCUCGAGACGCAAUAAUAAUAUUACUUAAUAAACAUAAUAGUUUUAAUGCCUACGAAACAUUAACGAUUGAUCGUAAAUUAUAUUUACUGGAAUUUAUAUAUAAAUAUGUCAAGUCGGACUUGGACUUGGUCUCAGAUCCAGGUGAAGAUCCAGGAUCUUCUAAAGUCCAGUUGCCAAGAAACUGGAUAUCAUUUUUGAUAAACCGAUUCAAGGAGAGAAGUAAUUUGAUUUUGAAGACUGAGGACACUUAUGUUAAAGAACAAAUGCAAGAACCUUCGGAAGUUAUUAUUCUUCUGGAUAUUCUCUGCGCUCUUUCUUCUGCAGAACAAGCUGAAGAAAUAAGAAGUGACACGAGUUUGUUGAUUAACAGUGUUUACCUAUUGAGAGCAGUACACAUGGCGGGAAAAGAUAAAAAUAAUUUUUUCACUCCAGUGCAAAAGCUGAGCCAGGUUGCUCCGGCGGGAAAUACUUCUGGAGAAGAAUCCAUUGAAGAUCAUGUAGCUUUUGGAUUCAAGAGUUCUCUUGUUAGGCUGAUAGCUAAUUUGGUUUAUAAGAAUAGAAAAAACCAAGAUCUGAUCCGCGAACUCGAUGGGAUCUCGAUUUUACUAGAUUGCUGCAGCAUUGAUGCCCGUAAUCCUCUAAUAACCCAGUGGUGUAUUCUCGCAAUCAGAAACCUCUGCGAUAAUAAUUCAAAAAACAAAGAGUUCAUUUCAUCCUCAACAAAAAUUCGAUUCAUCGACAAUCAGGUUAUUCGCGAAAUGGGAAUAACCCUAACCGAAGAUGGGAAUCCCAUCGGAAUCGUUCCUCUCCCAGAUUGAAUGAUAUAAAUAUUUAUUCAUAAAUCACAAUAUUAUAGUUUUGAUAUAAUUAAUUAUUAACUUACAGGAAUAAGAAAGGUAAAAGUAUUCAAUAAUAAUGUAAAAUAUUUGUUAUCAGUCGACGUUAAUUGAAUCUUUACGCGUGAUUGCAUAAAGAUACAUUUUAUUAUAUAUUGCCGGUAAAUAAUUUACGAUCCAAGUCCAUAAAAAAAAAUAAUUCAAUUGCUGCAUGUUAUGGACAUUGUAUCUUGUAUCGAUUAAAUCGAUAAUAAAUAAUUAUAAUAA